UCACAUGCAGUAAGGAAGGAAAUCUGGGAUGUUCUAGGCUCGGUACUAGAGCAGGACUUGACCAGGGGAUACUUGUUGGCCCCCAGUAAACUGUCAGAGAGUUGUGUAACCAAUCGGCUCAGAGAGAAUCUAAUUUGCUGGGGAAGAAACUGAGACAGUGCAGAAUGUUGUCGUCGGUGAAGCCGUUUGGGGAGCAGAAGUUCCAGACUCUGAAGAAGGAAUGUCUGAGUAAGAAACUUCUGUUUGAGGAUCCGACCUUCCCGGCCAAUGACGACUCUCUCUUCUACAAGACUCAGCGGGUUCAGGGGGUACAGUGGAAGCGCCCCAAGGAAUUCUGCAGUGACCCUCAUCUGUUUGUGGAUGGAAUUAGUUCACAUGAUUUGCAUCAAGGACAAGUCGGAAACUGCUGGUUUGUUGCCGCCUGUUCCUCUUUAGCCUCACGUGAGCAACUAUGGCAGAAGGUGAUUCCUGAGUGGAAGGAGCAAGAGUGGUACGCGGACAGGCCGCAAAACUACGCCGGAAUUUUCCACUUCCAUUUCUGGAAGUUUGGGGAGUGGGUGGAUGUGGUGAUCGACGAUCGUCUCCCUACAAUCAACAAUGAACUCAUCUACUGCCAUUCCAAUGAGAAGAACGAGCUGUGGUGCGCGCUGGUGGAGAAAGCUUAUGCCAAGUUAGCCGGGUGCUAUGAAGCGUUGGAUGGAGGAAAUACAGCUGAUGCCCUUGUAGACUUCACCGGUGGUGUCUCAGAGCCCACUGAUAUUUCUGAAGGGCAUUUUUCCACCGAUGCAGAGAAAAGAAAUGACCUUUUUGAGAGAGUCCUGAAGGUGCACAACCGAGGAGGCCUGAUCAGCUGCUCCAUCAGGGCAACUGCAGCCAGUGACAUGGAAGCCCGUAUGGCUUGUGGCCUUGUGAAGGGCCAUGCCUAUGCCGUAACAGAUGUGCGCAAAGUGCGACUGGGCCAUGGCUUGUUGGCCUUUUUCAAGUCAGAGAAGCUUGAUAUGAUUCGAAUGCGCAAUCCGUGGGGUGAGAGAGAAUGGAAUGGAGCCUGGAGUGACAGCUCCGAAGAGUGGCAGAAGGUGAGCAAAAGUGAGCGGGAGAAGCUGGGGGUCACCGUGCAGGAUGAUGGGGAGUUCUGGAUGACCUUUGAGGAUUUCUGCAAGUACUACACAGACAUCAUUAUGUGCAGACUCAUCAACACCUCCUACCUGAGCAUCCACAAGACUUGGGAGGAGGCCGUGCUGCGAUCCUCUUGGGUUAAACACGAGGACCCUUUGCAGAAUCGCUGCGGGGGGUGCCUCAAUUACAAGACCACUUACCUUCAGAACCCGCAGUUUGUUUUUGAUGUAAAGAAGCCGGAGGAUGAAGUCCUGGUUUGUCUCCAGCAGAAGACAAAGAGGACCACCCGGCAGGACGGGAAAGCAGAAAAUCUCGCUAUUGGUUUUGAAAUUCACCAGGUGGAGUUGAACCGCAAGUUCCGGAUGCACACCCUUCAGCCCAAAGUGGUCAGCUCCAUCUACAUUAACUCCCGCAGUGUCUUCCUACGUGUUGACCUGAAGGAAGGGAGAUACCUCAUUAUUCCCACCACAUUCGAUCCUGGUCACACGGGCGAAUUCCUUCUCAGAGUUUUUACUGAUGAGCCUUCUAACUGCUGUGAACUGAUAUUGGAUGAACCCACCAGGACGUGUUGGUCGGGUAUGUGUGGGUACCCCCAGCUGGUGUCACAGGUGCAUGUGGUCUCGGCCUUGGGACUCAAGAAGCAAGAUUCCAACGGAGGUGCUGACCCGUACGUGAUUAUCUGCUGUGAAGGAAACAAAGUGCAGUCCCCUGUCAUCAAAGACUGUUUGGAUCCGAAAUUUAAUGUCAAAGGGGUUUUCUACAGGAAGAAGCCCGGGCAGCCCAUUGUGGUUCAGGUUUGGAAUCAUAACGUUAUAAAGGAUGAGUUCAUGGGACAGGUGGUCCUUUCUGCCGACCCCAACAACCUUCAGACUCAGCACAGCCUUGAGCUUCAGGACAAGGGCAACAAGAAAUCUGGCACGAUCUCAGGAACCGUCAACCUUAUUCUGCUCACUAGCCAAAGCCUUACCGGGAUAUAAUCUUCCUGUGGGGUGCCAUUUUUAAAGGUGAAAAUCCAGUCUCCAUGUUACCCUUGAGGUGCCUUGAGGAAAGCCGAGACUUAUUCUCCCGUUGGUCUUGUUUCCACCGGAGCUUGCCCGCUCCGCACCUGACUGUAUGAUAUUCACUAUAUGCAAUUCCAUAUACAUGUGCCAAAAACUAACUGAACACAGCACCAAUGUAUCUAUAGCCUAGAUAGAAAGUUCUCUCUAGCAUUUAUACUAUGUGUCUGCAAUCUUCCCUGGAUUCUCCUGUGCAUAGUGACCCAGCUGAAUUACAACAGCUCUGUAGUCUUAUGUCACUAUCCCAGUCUGUUCAUGGCUACCCCACUACUGUGAGACGUCACUUGCCCUUUGAUGUUUGUUGUGUUGCUGCAAAUCUGCAGCAUAUUGGGCAAAGCUUGGCCAUAGUGAUUUAUUUGGGUUGAUAUAAAUCCUAUAAUAAAUAAGCCAUGCAGGAGCCAAUAAAGGCUUCCAAUUUGGUCCCUCUAGCUUAUUGGGUCAUGUGUGAGGUCCUCAGGAGGGCCUGCCCAACCAAUACCUAGAUGAAAAUCAGCCAGAUACCUGUUGUGCUUAACCCAACAGUAGGAUUUUUGAUAUUGAGAAUAUUUCUCUGUGGCUUUAAGCACAAGACUUGUGUUAAACCCAACACCGUAACAUGGCACACGACCAAUAACACCAUUUGACCUGCCACAUGCACCUUCUUGUGUUUAUAAAUGAGCAGAGAACUCUUCCAUAAAGACGGUAUCAAUUGGUUUCCCCAUCCCUUAUAAACUAGGAUUUCUGGUUCUACUGGAUCCAGCGAUGCAGAAUCCAUCCAAGGUCACUGGUCCAGACCAGACUUCUGUAGAAUAAGCCACGGCCAUGUCUGAGGGCGGCAUUUAGCUUUUAUACGUAGAAUAAGGGUUUAGAUUUAGACCAAACUGUCAGUUCUGACCCCCUCAGGCCUGGACUGGACUCAGCACUCAUGUUUCAGAACAAUCGUUGAAGCCCAAAUUUUGGCUUUCUCCAGGGGCCACAGGUUCUAGAUCUAGUAGGAGAAUGCAAAAAUGAUAAUGUACAACGAGCGUCAACAUGGGGAUGUGGACAUUGGACAGAAAUCUCUCUAAGGGCUUCAAUUUGUCAUGCGUCUGUUUUUAGUGGACCAAACAACAAAAUUCUGCAGUGAUUCAGGUUUUAUGCUAUUUUAUUUGUUUUAGGUAGUAAAUAAAAUAAGGUUUUAGGGAGGGAAACAAUCUAUUUGGCCAAUGGACUUUUUCUUGUGCCAAUGCUCCGAAGCAGAAGGGACCAAUGAUCUGAUUCACCGGGACAGCCUUAUGGUUCUGCCUAGUGAUUGGACCAAUUUGCUCGUUACUUGUGAUAAAUGGGACAAUUCUCAGCACUUUGCAGCCAGCUUUACAGUAAGUGUCCCUACAUUGACUUUAAUAAGUCCUAAGUCCAAUGAAGAGGGUCCCAAUGCCAAAUAUUUUACAAUGUUUUAAAUGCACAAUUACAUAUUCUUUUAAGUUCAGAGUUAAGUUUUUUUUUGUUUGUUUUUUUGAAGUUGGUCUUUAUUUGCCCAACACAGACAGCUGCUAUUGGCUGCUGACUUGGCCACUAAUGAAGGAGUUGACAGCUUAUUGGAUAAAAGAGAUCAGAGCUGAUCAAGGCUCAAUGAGAUAUCAGUCGACAAUUCUUAAAGACCUCAUUAGGCCAUGAAUUGGGUCAAUAACAACCCCCCUAUGUGAUCCAGUCGCCUAUUGGGUUGAUGUGGCCGAUCCGUCUGUCUAUGGCUUCUUUAUUCUCUCUGUUCUGUUAUUCAGCACAUGCAAACUGAUGAUGAUGAUGGUUUUAUUCAGGGAUGUUCAGUGUUUUAUUUGGACUUUAAUGUUGUUUAUUUUAUGGGUCUUUUUGAAUUUAGCUUUUUUUUGUAUUUCAUUGUUUAAUGAUGAGUUCAAAUCUCUUGUCUCCAAAUCUUGUUCAAGGGAAACUUUUAUAUUAAAUGUCUCUCUCUC